AUGCACAAAUAUACCGGACCGGUUUUCAUCAAGCCCAGUCCAAUGACCUACGAUGAGCUCAUGAUCGCUGUGGAGGAAAACAAGAAGCGAGACCUCGUGUUGACACAGAUUUGUGGCCAAGAAGAAAAAGGACGGACUACUUUUACCACCUACUGGGAACGAGUUCCUGGCAUUGAAUAUGAAGUGUGGUUUCCUGGCUCUGGAAAUGCGACGUCACAACGGCUGGAAUUUGAGCGUGAUGGUCUUCGACUUGCUUAUCUAUGCGGAUACUCUGAAAAUGGAAGAGGAAGAUACGUGGGAGUCUGGCAAACGCGGCGAACAGAUCCGGUGCACUACGAAGCUCAUUAUGGCCUCACUCUGGAUUCCUGUUUGCUCAGGGACAAGCUGCUCACUUCAAAAGGAUAUAUAGCCACUUUGUUCAGCGUCUUCAGCAACAAGAACCAGGUACUGUGCACCGGUAUAUGGGAACAACGGGAGGGCCGUAAAAGCCACAUUCUUGUUGGUGACGACCUUAAACAGAUGUACAGCAAAUUCCAAGGGAAUUCGAAAUGCCUUCCCCGACAAGUGUCGCAUUUUAUGGACAAAAUGGGUAUGGUCAAAUAUGUAGUCCUCUGGAGCGAUUUCCAUUCAAAUCGCCAUCCAGACGUAGAACCUCUGUGGAGUGAAAGGGAAAUCCCAGUACGGUUUCUUCAAGGAUCACCAGAGCUUCUAACCGAAUCCCAGCUAGACUUUCUUAUCGAGAGAGUUGAACAUUUCAUGCAUGACCUUAACAUCCCGGGUUUAUCGAUUGCUAUUUCUAAACGAGAGCAACUCAAAUUUGCCGCUGGUUUCGGCUUCGCAGAUGUACGAGAGGAAGAAGUGGUUACUCCAAAUCACCAAUUUCGAGUCGGUUCGGUGUCGAAACCAAUAACUGCUUGCGCGGUCCUGCUACUAGUAGAUCAAGGAAAAGUCAAAUUGGAUGACACUUUAUUUGGACGCGGAUCGAUAUUUGGCGAAAAAUUUGGUAAGCGUAAAUCUUACAAGAAAUACGUCACUGACGUCACAGUUCGGCAUUUAUUGGAACAUACUGCAGGAGGAUGGGAUAAUCUGCAGUCUGAUGCCGCAUGGAUUCAACCGCAAUUGAAUACAGAGGAGUUGAUCUCAUACGUUUUGGAAAACGUACCACUAGAGCAUAAACCCGGAACUAAAUGGAUCUAUUCAAAUUUCGGAUAUCAAGUCUUAGGAUAUCUCACGGAACACUUAUCUGGAAUGACGUACGAAAGCUUCGUGAAGAAGUCAAUUUUUGCACCGGCGGGUGUUCACGAUAUCCAGGUUGCGGGACCGAGUAUA